AAGAUAGAGGUAUUUCAUCUUCGCUUUCUAUUUCCUCCGAUUCUGGCCUGUUCUCAUCAAGUUGUUUGGGUGGUGGCGGGGGGUUCUUUCACGUUGGGAAUGAAUAGCAAAAUCAUCGUCUAGGAAUAUAUGCCUGUUGAGCGGAAAAAUUCCACAUUUUCUAAAACCAUUUACGGCCACUUCAACGCUUGCAGCACGUAGGUAUGCUCUCCCUAGCAGCUCAGCGACCUGAUAGUGAGUUACUACCCUUCCUGGGUUAUUUUUGAGCCAUGAUUCAAUCUCCAAUGCAUAAUAUGUUUUAAAUGGAGACAUAAAAGCUACGUCUAGGGGUUGUAUCUUAUGUAUCGAAUGAGGAGGCAGACAUAAAAUAUGCAUAUAGUUUUCCCUUGCUAAAUCAAUUAAAGGGAUGUUGCGCGUAUGAGAGUAGUGCGCGUCUAAUAUUAAAACCAUUGGAUCGCCCUUUGCUGGUUUAACAUGCUUUAUAAAAUGUGUUAACCAAGCUGUAAACAGAUCAUGCUGAAUCCAACCGGAAGGAUGACAUCUGGCGAUCGUUCCUGGCGGUGCUCCAUUUAGAAGUUCAGGCGUCAUAUUUUUUCUAGGAAAUACUAGCAUAGGUGGCACAUAUAUUCCGGUAGCGCUCAUACAAGUCACUACAGUAACAAGAGCUCCCCUUUCGGAUGUCGUCAAGGCCCCAUCUUGCCUUUUACCUCGUAAGCUGAGAACCCUUGAAUGUUUGUGUUGAACAGUUGUAAUGCCUGUUUCAUCUACAUUAAAUAAUCUGGCUGGAUUUAAUUUGAUUUCUGCUAAGGCUGGCUCUAACAGAUCAAAAAAGGCCGCGCAAUUUUCUUGAGUAAACCCUUUUAUGCGAGCUGCAGAUACACCCUGUGGCUUUCUAAAACUUAGUUCAGGAUGUCUCUUUAAAAACCCUUUAUGCCACUUUUUUCCUGCCCUUGAUUUCGUCAUAGAAAAAGGGUGUUAUAGCCCGUUCUGGAUAGCUAGCUGAAACGCUAGCCUUCUAAUAUCGGAAGCUCUUAGUCCAUAAAACCGUUUCUCCAUAUCUAAACAAUAUGUAACUAACAGAUUUUCAAUUUCGUUGCUUAGCGCAGGUCUUCUUCCUAAUUUCGUAGCUGUUAAUACUUCUAUUGGCUUGUCUGAUUUUACGUAAUCAACAAGGGUACUUCUUGGAACUUUAUAUAUUUUUGACGCUUUUAAAUAUCCCAUUUCUUUGCUUCUAACAGCAUUUACCGCAAGCUCCAUGGCUCUUGCAUCCCAUGUUUUACGACCUUUCUCUUGUUUUCCGUUCAUCUAGAAAAAAAAAGCAAAAAACCGCCUUAAUCAAGGUUAAAAGCAUAAUAAUAUGGUAUAUGAAAUUUAUUCUCAUUUAUUAUUAAAAAAAAGAUAGUAAAACGCAAGUAUCUAUGACAGAAAAUCAGUUGAUUCAUUUAAAAGCAGCUCCAGAAAACUGGUUCCAAAUAUCGGAUACUAUACGAUAUUAGGAAACCAAAAGUAUCCGAUAUUACGGUACAUAACCUCACUAAAUUUACCGUUUUUUUUUAAAUUUAAAAAAUAGUUCACAGAAGCAAUUUAUACAUUAAAAGGUAUCUUCUGCAAUCUACUUAAUGAUAUGGUAUGUAACAAACAAAUAAUUUAACCUACCUUUUCCAGAAAUAACGCCAAAAAUUAUACACUGUUAAAAUCUAUGCACAUCGAAAACCGUUACAGUAGCAAAAUGACGUUUUAUAAACAAUGAUAGGAUUCUGUAAUUCUUGUAGGAAAUGAUCUGCGCAAUAGUUCUCUUGAUUACUAUGGAAGUUACGAGAUGGCGCUGUGAUAUUACAGAUUUAGAGUAAUGUCCGAUAUUAGGAACCUAUGCAGUAUUAAGCCGGCUGCACACGGUGUGCGAUAAUAUAAUAUAUAUUAUAACAUAAAAGAAAAUACUGGAUAAGUAAUCAUAUCAAAUUUAGAAAAUCACGCGGUGAAUUUUCGCUAUUUAAUGAUUUGGAUGAUGAAAAAUUUACAAAUUAUUUUCGAAUGGACAGAAAUAAGUUUUUCCAACUUCAUGAGUUAAUAAAAGAUGACAUAAAGAAGACAAACACAAAUAUUAGAGAAAGUAUUAGUUCAUUAGAGCGAUUAGCAGUUACUUUAAGAUUUCUAGCUGCUGGAGACACGUUUAGAUCAAUUGCUUAUAGUUACAGGAUGGGGGAAAGAACGGUGUCGAAGAUUGUAGAAGAAGUAUGUCAAGCAUUGUGGGAGCGCUUGCAAUCCCAGGUACUCGAAGAGCCAAACACUAAUGACUGGAAAGAAAUCGCAAAAGGUUUUAAGGAUAAUUGUCAGUUUGAUCAUUGCGUCGGUGCAAUUGACGGCAAACAUGUAACCAUAAAAGCGCCGCCUAACUCGGGCUCAAGUUUUUUUAAUUACAAAAAAACAUUUUCCAUUGUUUUGUUAGCAGUUGUGGAUUCCAACAGAAAAUUUAUUUAUAUAGACGUAGGAUCUAUGGGGAGAUUUAGCGACAGUGGAAUCUUAAACGAUAGUACCUUUGGAAGAAAAUUAAGAACUGGGGGAUUAAAUUUACCAUCUGAUGAGCCGUUAUAUCCAGGGGGAGUAGAAAUACCAUAUGUUUUUGUGGGCGAUGAAGCGUUUCCGCUGAUGACUAAUUUAAUGCGUGCAUAUCCACAAUCGAACUUAUCGGACUCUAAAAGAAUAUAUAACUACCGUCUCUGCAGAGCACGCAGGGUAGUGGAAAAUGCCUUUGAGAUUUUAGCGGCUCGAUUUAGGAUAUUUAGAACACCAUUGACGACGUGCGCUUUACACAAUUAUUUAAUUAAACAUAAUUUUUAUGACAUGCGAGAUGAUAUUGAAGCCCUCGAUGAUAGGCAACUAACGCCAUUAGCCCAUUGUGGAUUUCGGUGUUCCAAUGACAGUUUUUUUGUAAGGGAAGAAUUCUGUCAAUAUUUUAAUGGCAUAGGAGCAGUUCCUUGGCAAAGUACACGGGUUUCAAAUAUACUAUUGUAGAUAUUAAUUAAUAUCUAAAAUGUCCUUAUAAUGUCCUUUUUUAAUUUGUUAUACCUACUUAAUACAUAAUAUGUAUAUCCAUAGAAUAAUAAUUAAAAAGAAAAAAUAAGUAAAUUUAAGUAUUUGUUUAACCACUGAAAUCAAGAUACAUAUAAAAGCAAAUUAUGGUUUGUAUCUACAACAAAGGUAAUUGUUCAAAUUCCGUGGCAUUCAAAGUAGAGCAAAUUCUAAAGAACUUUUGUAAACUUCAUUUUGGUUAUAAAGGUUUGCUCUGUUUACUUUAUAUUCACUGAUAAUGUAAGGUAAAGCAUUGUACAAGGUGGCCCGUUUAUUAUGGGCCUAUGUCUUUUCUCGGAAUCUACAGGGUGUACAAAAAAGUUUUAAUACAAAAGUUUUAUAUUACCAAGUAUAUUUUACAAGCUUUUAUUUAACUUGCCGUGUAUGUGUGUAUGUGUGAAU